AGAGAGAAGGUAAUACAGUACAAGUUCAGAGGGAAGAGAGAGAAAGGGAAGAGAGAGAGAGAGAGGAAACGUCUUCAAGUUCAAGAGGUCAAACACCACAGCCCUAAAAUCAUUGCUCGCUGUUAUCUACGGAUUUCCCGUGCUUCUUCUCCGAUUGAUUAAUGCUUUAUCAUCUGAUCGUCUAUCCACGUCAGCAGCAUCGCUCGGCGGCGGACCGCGGCGGCGACAGCGACACCGGCGGUGGCGCUACUGACGAGUUACCGGCAGCAAUAGCAGCGGCGGUAGCAGAUAAACAGUUUCUGUUUGAGUUUCAGUUCGUUCCCUCUGGUUACGGCCGGUGAGAUUUUCGAGAGGUUUUUAUUCCUCUUCCGGAUUAUUAUGAAGAAAACUCAAAGUAUCAAUAGCAACAGUAACGUGAAUACUAAGGUGAAGAAUGGGGCGACCAAUGGCUUUCUUCCUAAUUCUUUCAAGUUCAUAUCCUCUUGCAUCAAAACCGUUUCUUCUAACGUCCGCUGUGCCGGAGCCUCCGUAGCCGGCUCCAUCUCCGCCGCUGCGUCCGACUCCGAUGAUCAUCGCAAGGACCAGGUUUUGUGGGCUUGCUUUGACAAACUAGACUUAGGUCCUUCAUCAUUCAAACAUGUCCUGCUCAUUGGUUAUUCUAAUGGUUUUCAAGUCCUGGAUGUUGAAGAUGCAUCUAAUGUAUGUGAACUGGUCUCUCGGCGGGAUGAUCCAGUCACGUUUCUACAGAUGCAGCCCAUUCCUGCAAAAUCUGAUGGCCAUGAAGGAUAUAUAAACGCACAUCCCAUGCUCUUGGUAGUGGCUUGUGAUGAAACAGUUGAAUCCAUUCCAGCACAAAGUGGGAGGGAUGGCUUUAUUGAGCCUCAAGCAGUGAACUUUGUAAACUCGCCUACUACACUUCGAUUUUAUUCUCUAAAGUCCCACAAUUAUGUUCACAGUUUACGAUUCAGGUCUACUAUUUUUAUGGUUAGAUCCAGUCCACAGAUAGUUGCCGUUGGUCUUGCAACACAGAUAUAUUGCUUUGAUGCCCUUACUCUAGAGAAUAAGUUCUCUGUGCUUACUUAUCCUGUACCUCAGUUGGGGGGCCAAGGUUUUACUGGAGUCAAUAUUGGCUAUGGUCCAAUGGCUGUAGGUCCAAGGUGGCUAGCUUAUUCGUCAAAUAAUCCAAUGAUAUCAAACACAGGACGAUUAAGUCCACAAAGUCUUAGUCCUUCUCCGGGUGUUAGCCCAUCUACAUCACCUGGUAAUGGAAAUCUGGUCGCUAGAUAUGCCAUGGAGUCAAGUAAACAGCUUGCUUCUGGAUUGAUCAAUCUUGGAGACAUGGGGUACAAGACUUUGUCAAAAUAUUGUCAUGAACUUCUUCCUGAUGGUUCCAGUUCACCUGUAUCAUCAAGCAGCGGCUGGAAAGUAGGAAGGGGUCCAAUUCACUUGAGUGAAACAGAUGCUGCUGGGAUGGUUGUGAUUAAGGAUUUCAUAUCCAGAGCUGUAGUUUCGCAAUUUAGGGCCCAUAAAAGCCCCAUAUCUGUUCUAUGUUUUGACCCUAGUGGCACUCUCUUGGUCACUGCUUCCAUACGUGGUAACAAUAUAAAUAUAUUCCGGAUAAUGCCCUCUAGCUCUCAGAAUGGAUCAGGUGUACCUAGCAAUGAUUGGAGCGCUUCCCAUGUCCACCUCUACCAGCUCCAUCGAGGCGUGACCCCCGCUGUGAUACAAGACAUUUGCUUUAGUUACUAUAGUCAAUGGGUAGCUAUUAUUUCAACGAGGGGGACUUGCCAUAUUUUUGUUUUAUCCCCUUUUGGUGGCGAAACAGGGCUUCAAUUACAAAACACUCAUGUUAAUGGCACAACGCUUAUACCCAUACUAUCUGUGCCAUGGUGGUCUGCCUCAUCUUUUUCAAUAAACCAGCAGUCUUCUACACCCCCACCCGCACCUAUCACAUUGUCUGUUGUUAGCAGAAUUAAGAAUGUCUCUGGUUGGCUUAAUACAGUAAGCAAUGCUGCUUCUUCCGUGGCAGGAAGGGUUUCUGUACCAUCUGGUGUUGUUACAGCUGUUUUUCAUAGUUGCAUACACCAAGAUGUGCAGCGUGCUCCCCCAAAAUUGAAUUCUUUAGAACAUUUAUUGGCCUUCACUCCUAGUGGCCAUCUAAUUCAGUAUGAAAUGGUUCCUUCACUUGGUGGUGAGCAGGGUGACACCACGUUGAGAACUGGUACAGGACCCUUAGUGCAGAUGCAAGAGGAUGAAUUGCGAGUGAAAGCUGAGCCUGUACAAUGGUGGGAUGUUUGUCGAAGGGCAGACUGGCCUGAAAGAGAGGAGCGUGUUAAGGAAAUUGCAUUUGGAACCCAGGAAGGCAGGGCCACUGUUAUAGAUACUUCUGCUAGUGAAGAUGAUGGCAUUGGAGGUAAGGAUAUUUCCGUGCCUCACAAUCAGUCUCACUGGUAUCUUUCAAAUGCAGAGGUGCAAUCAAGGUCCUGGAGGAUACCAAUUUGGCAGAAGUCUAAGAUAUGCUUCUAUACCAUGUGUCUCCAAGGGAGUGCAGAACAGUAUAUUGAACAACUUCUUGCCAGUAGAGAGAUUGAAAUUGAGAAUGUUCCAGUUAAUGAGGUUGAAAUAAAGCGAAAGGAUUUGUUACCUGUAUUUGACCAAUUUCAGAGGAUUCAAACAAAUUGGGAUGAUGAGAGGAUUUCUUUUGAUGGCAGAUUUUCUGGUUCAUCAUAUGGCUCUUCCAGUGGUAAAGAGAAAUCAGAAGAUACUGCUUCGAAUGCAAAGGCAGCCGCUCUUUGUGCGGUCAAAAAGUCACAUGCUGGUUCACAAAUUUCUGGUGUAGAUGAGAUGAAUAUUACGCCAGUGGCAUAUCCUCACAUUGACCUAAUGGAUGAGAAUGAUGGAGCAAAAGAAUCAGGGUUUUCAGGACCAUUGAUGCCAAAUCGGACAUUCUCCAUUCCUGAGUUAUCAACAAAUAUCAUUUCUUCCUUGGAGGAAGGUUACAUUGUAAAUAGUCCAUCUCCCCCAAAAAGUGGGUCUCCCUCUACUGGAGAAACUAGUGCUAGGGACAUUCAGUCCUCAAAUAGUGCUCUUACAAGUCAAGCUUCAAACACAAGCUCUAAUCAUUCCGACAUGAGUAUGAAUAUUAGUAAUGAUGAGGGGCCGAUUCUUGAAGAGAUGUCUGACCCUGUAGAUUUUGCACAGUAUUUCAAAGAAGGCUACUGCAAGGCUUCAACUAACAAUGAAUCCAGUGAGUUAACAAAACUGGUUACUGAUAUUGAUAGAGGUAAUAAUCCUUGUGAAAAAGAGAAGGGUGAAGAUGAUGACAGGGAAAGUGAUGACAUGCUUGGUGGUGUAUUCGACUUCUCUGAAGAAGGUUUGUUAAUGCAUGACUUCAAUGUUUAAACUCUACUGGUGGAGUUAAGCCAACCUGAUUUAAUGCAUGGCAGCAUAUGAUCUGAAGUGUGGCCUAUUGCUUUCCAAGAGGACAAAAAUGCUACUGACUUGUGUGCUAUCUGUGACAUUUACUUAGUCCAUUUGUUUUUUUUUUUGCUGGGGGUGAUGAGCGCCUGGUUUCUCUGCAUCUAAUUCUUGUGUAUAUAUACUGUAUAUUAAAAUUCACGAUGCAAACCAUUGGAGUGGACACAGGUCUUUGUCUAUGCUGUUUAACUGUAUUUGUUCUUUAAAGAAAAGACAAUAAAAAUGGGGGAAAAAAAAAAAAGCAAAAGCUAUUUGUUAUUUUGUUGCA